AUGUCACUGUUAUCUUCGACUCCGAUACCGGAAGACACCACUCCCCCACCUUAUAAUGCUACGUUUCUCACAAGCAGCACACGCACCGCACAACCGCAGGCCCAUCUAUGCUACUACUACCACCAGUACGAUUCGCACGCGCCUCAAAUCCUGCCACUAGCGCAUCCUGGACCGCUGGAGCAACGGUAUGUCGGUGAUGACUCUCUCCACUCACCGCGAGAGGCGGCGGCGCCGGGGCCGUCUGUCGCGUCACCGAUCGCCCCCUACCCACCGCAGCGGCUCCUCCGCGUACAUCAGCCGGUCGUGUACGCACCCUGGGGCAUGAUGCCGCAGCCCACCGAUGGCGCACCUGCCCACCAGCCCCACGCCAUCCCCGGCGCACCAGCCAGCCCCACGACAGCCGCGGUUGUCGCCCAGGCCGCGCCCGCCAUCUCCCUCGAUCUUCCGGUCCCCCCGAGCCCCGACAAGCGGGUGCGCACCUACUACGCGCUCAUCCUAUUUGUGCUCAUGGCGGCAAUGGGGCUGCUGCUCGGCUCCUUCUUCACGCCGAUCGGCACAGCGUACUUGAACUUCACACGCAGCGUCACGGAUGUACAAGACUCAGCAGUCUACAAGCGCAGCAUCGAAGGGGUCCUCGGUAUGCAGAUCAGCGCGUAUGCGGAGUUUUCUCCCUGCACCGUGUUCAAGAGCCACGCGUGCGACACGAUCACCGCGGGACAGGUCUCUGGGUGGAUGCGGUCCAUCACCGACGGCAUGCAUGCGCCGUUCCCUGAUCUGUUCUCAUACAGCGGCAUUGAUCAGGCCCGCGUGAGCUCCUGCUCGUACAUUCAUCUACCAGCAGCAACAACACACCCGGUGCCUCAGCUGCAGAGCAUCGCGGCCCCCGUGGCAAUCGGCCGGCGCACCUUUCCCGGCAACCGUGGCCCAAGUUCUCCUGCUUUGUCUCUCCACGCGCGCCACGGCUGGAGAAGCGGAGGCAGUGGCCUGGACAAUGUCUCAAAAAGCCUGCGCGCUCAUGAAAGAGAGCCACACUCUCAUCCCCCUCUUGCUGCUCCUGGGCACAGCGAUGCUCCCGGCCACAACGCUCCUACGCGCGCGCCCCCCGCUGCUGUGGCGCCGCAUGGCGGCAAUGCGAGCCACGUUCUCAUCGUCCUCCACAGCUCUGUCCCUCAGGGGGCAAAAGCCGCCCUCACCCUCACGUGCGACAGCGACACUAACAUGGUACCUAUGCUGAACCUCACGAUCAUCCACAAUGCCGACGUCUCUGCGUACCUUCCAGACGGCACCGACGCAAGCAGCUCGAAAAUCAUCUCCGCCGCGGACCUUAUUACGAGCGCGGACCCUAAAAAUGUGCUACGUGAGUACCAACCCCUCAUGCGCACCUGUGCCGAGUACCUCACGGCAUGCGCGGCGAUCAAGACGGGGUACUACGUUGUGAUAGCCCCCGCCAGCCUACUGCACAGGUGCGGGCAAGAACCCGUCAGUCCACCCAGCAGCCCUUCCCGAGGUUCUGCGACGGCUGCGAAAGUACUCAUAUGCGACAUCACCGUCUACGAGCCUACCGCGUACGCAAUAGGUGCUAUGCGCUUCACCGCGAGGGCACAGCUAGCCAUGAACAUGGUUGUGUACCCGUACAAUGUUCGCUUCCCCAGCAGCGCAACAGGGACGCCGGCGUGCCUCACGCCAUCUGCGAUUCUCCUGGUGUUCGCCGAGGCCUGGAUGCUGCUUGCCGUCGUCCUCAUAGCGGUCACGGCAGGCAUGGCCCCUGUGCAGCGUGCCAAGCUUCGUCGCCUCCGCGCCGCGCUGUAUGCGGACGCUUCCGUGGCGAUGGAGAUCCUGUACCGCGCUCAGGGGGCCGUGGCGGCGGCCAUUCCGCUCACAGCGGCACCAGCACCCGCAGCGCCCCGCACACCUCACGAAGCUGGCACCGAGGCUGGUCACACCACCGACGAGCCCGCCGCCGCCACAGCGAACGACGCAUCCGCGAUGUCGUCCACUUCCCCGUCCACGGCGCCCCCACGGUCGACCAUGCAGACGCCGCAGCAGCAGCCAUCAGCGGCGCACACCCCCCAGUCAGUGUUCUCGACCACCGCCGCGGCGAUGCUGCUUGUGCCACCAUACUACAAGCCCGGCGGGAUGACGGUGCCUGGGACGAGCGGCGGCGGCAGCGUGGGUGUGCCCGGCAUUAUGAUGGGCCGCCACCCGUCGCCGUACAGUGAGGGAUACUACCUUCAGCCGGAGCACGGUCCGAGAAAUGCAGCACCCCCUAGCACCACCACGCGUGGCACAGCCGGCGUCGCGCAUUUGGACGCCGGCAGCUGCAGCGACGAGGACUGGGACGCCAACAGCGGCGAACACGCGGCCCGAGAGGAUGCCCGCCAGCGCAGCACCCCUCCGCCGCCUGCGAUCAGCGGCGGUGUUGGCAGCGGCAUUGGCUGUGCGAUGGCGCCAAUGUGGGUCCCGGCGGUGCCCGGUGCUUUGCCCGCCAGAGGCCACCACCCGGAGCCGCUGAUGCCAGUGUCGGCGACGACGGACUGGAUGUUUGCGCGGAACCGACGCAUCGUGAGCCAGAGCAUGCUGGAGGAGAGCUUUUCCUCGGCGCGCACCGCGGAGGAGCGGAAUGCGGCGGGUGUGUCGAUGCCCGGCAACUGGCCUGGCAGCGACAGUGAACGCGGACUGGACAGCGACGACAGACUGCCUUUAGCCGACUACGUGCUCCCGGAGAACUCUCCCGGCGAGCGCACCAUCGACCUCUUUCUGCUGCGCGCUCGAAAGUCCUACACACGCCUGUACUGCAAGCAGGUGCGCGUUCUGACCAAGCUGUUGUUUUAUGCGAAGGCAGCGGUGUUGAUGGCGCUGGUGCUUGCGCUGGUGUGCACUGGGCUGCAGCUGUCUGGUGUAUCAGCGAGCGGCAGGGCGGGUCUACAGUUUCGCAACGGUGACACUCUAUCCAACCGCUAUGUGCUGAGUGCUGGUCAUGCGGCACUCAUGUCACUCUCCCUUGCGUGCGUGGUUGUGGUUGUGGCGCUAGAUUUUGUUGUUGAACGAAAAUGGCUGUGGUAG